CGCGUCACUCACAGGACUCAACCACAGGCGCCGGUGCUUCGGUUUCUGAUUUUCCCAGCGAGGACAAACGGCUUCAGCGGCGAUACUGAACAUAUUUACCGCCCGAAAGCCUUCCAAAACAGUGGCCUCCGUUUUGUGUUUUAGUCGCUGCUACCCACAGUUUAACUGUAAAUAUGUGUGACGGCUGUGUGUGAGUGGAUCACGCCGAGAAGAGCAGCAGCAGUAGCAGCCAGCCAGUGUUAGCUAGUGGAGUCAAAAUGGCGUCUUCUUGCCCACUCAACGCUCGUUUAAUCCAUCUGUGAUUAGCCAGAUAGCUUCAUUCAGCAACCGGGGACCCAUUUAUAGUGUUUGGAUUUCACACGCUGGUAACGUUGGUGUAUAUUCCUGCGUCAUGUCGGACUCGGAGGAGGACAGCCAGGACAAGCAGCUUAAAAUGGUAGUGAUUGGAGACGGAGCGAGUGGGAAGACAUCACUCGCCACCAGGUUUGCACAGGAGGCUUUUGGGAAGCAGUACAAACAAACCAUCGGCCUGGAUUUCUUUCUGAAGAGAAUAAGCCUUCCAGGCAACUUGAAUGUGACCCUGCAGGUGUGGGACAUUGGAGGCCAAACAUUAGGGGGGAAAAUGCUGGAUAAAUAUGUCUACGGCGCUCAUGGGGUUCUCCUGGUGUACGACAUCACCAACUACCAGAGCUUUGAGAAUCUGGAGGAUUGGUUCAGCAUGGUUAAAAAGGCCAACGAGGAGUCUGACAUUCAGCCAGUUGUCUCCUUGGUAGGCAACAAAAUCGACAUGGAGCACAUGAGGACAGUGAAGGCUGAUAAACACCAGCGCUUCUGUCAAGAGAACGGCCUCAUCAGCCAGUUCGUAUCAGCCAAGACGGGGGAUUCGGUGUACCUUUGUUUCCAGAGAGUGGCCGCUGAGAUUCUCGGUGUAAAGCUAAACAAAGCAGAAAUAGAGCAGUCCCAGAGGAUUGUGAAGGCUGAACUCGUGGACUACCCACAGGAUGAAGGCCCGAUUAGACAAGAGAACAACCAGCAAAGCAAAAUAUGUUCGGUUCAAUAGCUGAAACGCGUGGUGAAGGCGGACAUUGUGAACUACAGUCAGGACACCGUGGCCAGGACAGUCAACCCCCCUCGCAGCUCCAUGUGUGUGGUGCAGUGAUCGGUUCCAACACACACACACACACACGCACACACACACGCGCACUCAUGCAUAACGAUGUAAAAUUGUCUUCAGUCAGUAUUCCUCAUGCAGCGGGUGACUGGAUGAAAAGUGUUGGGAGUGUGUUCUCUGUGUUCCUGUGUGUCAGUUAUACGGGUGAGAUAAAGACCAGACUGUGCGGUUCUGAGGCCUUGGCCUGUAGUUCAGAUAUUGAGCAGGAAUGAUUUCUUUUGGUGGUUCACCAGGGAAGAAAUGGGACCUCAGUUUUUUCCAAGUUUACACGCAGCUAUCAUUUUCUUUCUGAAGCUCAUCUUAAAUAUAUAUAAAUAAAGCGAUUGAUAUACGCAUUAGUAUGAAGCUGGUAUCUAAAACAAGGAAAACAGCUACUGUAAUCAGUAACUAUUUUUAUAUAUUAGCAUAUUUUCUUCUGCCAUUCCUGUUAGGGACAUUUAUUUCAAAGAGUCAGUAUGUUUCUAAAGACAGCAAUAUUAACAUAUUUAAGUGUCUGUACUUGCGACCAAGUGGCUUCGUGAGCUUAUGGGACAUGGCCCUGGACAUGGACGUGAAACCAAACGCUCAUUCAUACCAUUGACUGAGAUGUCCUUUUAUGUCUGUGGUGCUCAACAGUCGAAGGGAACUAGAUGUUAAAAAGUUGUAGUGGAGUGAAAUGAAUCUCCGCUUUGUAUUUGCCAAUUAGGGGCUGUGAUGUGGUCGUUGUACUGUUAUUUUACUUCUUAAGAAAAAAGUACAUUUUAUAUCAUUUAUUCUUCAGGUUACAUCCAACAAUAAUUAACAUCUUUCAAAUAGCAUCUCAGUUCUUCAGGUUUGUCUUUUAAUGUCUACAAUCAUUUUUGAGUUUAAAUUUACGUUUUCACAGCACGUAACUUUCCCACGUUUACCCAGCUAGAGGAAAAAAUCCAAUGAUGUCUUGAUGAAGUAUUGAUGAAGUUAGACUCAGGCUGAGAUGAAAUAAACCAGAUUUAAUUAGAUUUCUCAACAUAGCCUUAUCCAACUGUCCGUUAUAGAACAGGAGUUUGAAGAUGGCUGUGAUGCAUAAAAUGCUUCUUCAGCUCAUGUGUUUUUAGAGACCACUGAAAUAAAUAAAUAAAAAUAGUUUUAUCAGAGUAGCGUCUAUAGUGAUAGUACAUGUUGACAUGAUAGGAUUUAUUCCAACAGGAAACAGCCGCCACCAUGUGUGUAAAAUAUGUUUUUGUACAAUAAACCACUGCUCCAUUUCAAAGCUCCUUUCACUGAUUGCGAAUCAUCACAACGCAUCCUGUAAAUUCUGAUCAUGUAAACGAAAUGUACUCAAAAAAAUGUAAGAAUGUACAGUUGAAGGUGAAUGUUUAGUUUAGAGAUUAUACAGCAAUGCAGAUUUGUGUUUCUAAAUAAAAAAAAUGCUUCAUGGAAAACAAGAA